CCCUCCUAUGUGUUGCGUUCUCAAAUUCCCUUGAACAUGGGGCUGGUUGGCCAUGGUGGUGGAGGAGGAAGAAGGCGUGAAGAGACUUGGCUAUGGUGGAUGGGUGAUGGAGGUGGAGGAGGAGAAAGUUGUGGAGGUGCUUGACUAUGGUGGAUGGGUGAUGGAGGUGGAGAAGGAGGAAGGUGUGAAGGUGCUUGGCUAUGGUGGAUGGGUGAUGGAGGUGGAGGAGGAGGAAGGCAUGAAGGUACUUGGUUAUGGUGGAUGGGUGAUGGAGGUGGAGGAGGAGGAACGUGUAAAGAUGCUUGGCUAUGGUGGAUGGUUUAUAGAGGUGGCGGGUGAAGAAGGUGUGAAGGUACUUGACUAUGGUGGAUGGGUGGAGGUGAAGGAGGAGGAAGGUGUGAAGGUGUUUGGCUAUGGUGAAUGGGUGAAGGAGGUGGUGGAGGAGGAUGUGAAGGAGCUUGGCUAUAAUGGAUGGGUAAAGAAGGUGGAGGAAGAAGAGGGUGUGAAGACACUUGGUUAUGGUGGGUGGGUGAUGAAGAUGGAGGAGCUGGAAGGUGUGAAGGUGCUUGGCUAUGGUGGAUGGGUGUGAUGGUACUUAACUAUGGUGGAUGGGUGAAGGAGGUGGAGGAGGAAGAAGGUGUAAAGGUGCUUUGCUAUGGUGGAUGGGUGAAGGAGGUGGUGGAGGAAGGUGUGAAGGUGUCUGGCUAUGGCGGAUGGUUGAAUAAGGUGGAGAUGGGAAAGGAGUGAAGAUGGUCGUAAGCUUCCUGUGUCAUCCUACUUGCUCAUCGUCCGAAUCAUCAGAAAACUCAAAACUUACGAAAUUCAGACUUGCAACAAACACUCAGACUUGCG